CGGUUCGUAACCUAAUGCGACAUUAAAAUCGACUUCGCUCUUCUAGCCUAGAUUAACGAAUUUGUGCGAGCCAGUCAACUUGAAAACCGUGCAAAUGAGCAAAUAACGGGUUGGCUACCAGUAAAUUGCUAAAGGUGACAGCGUCCACUGAAACAACAGAACGUUUAGGGGAGGGGGGUCGCUGAUAAACAAACGAGUGACGUUUAGCUUGAUAAAGCCAAUGUGAACGCUAAGACCGGUCGUUGUAGCGUUCGUUUCUAACGAUGGAGUUGGUUUUUGGUUGUUAGGCCAGUAUUAUAUUGCAAUACUGUCACCAAGGCAAAUAUUGCCUUUUACGAUAUAUUUUUUUUUACCUACAUGUCAAAUAGGCUCAACCGCGCCCCUUUCCCAUAUUCGCUCAGACUGAAGGCUUAAAUGCUCUUGUGGGAAUCUACUAACAAGGGAGCCGUACCGGACCAUCUAAUAUAAUUGUUUUGCACUGGCCGGCUGUCAAAAAUGUCCCCCAAUGGAAAAGUCAUCCCAUAUACCCCGCUGGCCGUAGAUUUUUGGCAGGUGCGGAAAUGUCCGUCCUCUCGCCUCUUCUUUCUCUCUCACAUGCACAGCGACCACACAGUGGGCCUGACCUCCUCCUGGAGCCACUGGCCCAUAUACUGCUCCCCCAUCACUGCCAAACUCCUAAAACUCAAACUGCAGGUCAAGGAACAAUGGAUCCAUCCUCUAGAAUUGGAUGAACCAUAUAUUCUUCCAUUAGAUGACAUCGGCAAGGAGAGGCUAACCGUUACACUGAUGGAUGCCAAGCAUUGUCCAGGAGCUGUCAUGUUUCUCUUUCAGGGUUACUUUGGCUGUAUACUCUAUACUGGUGACUUUAGGUACACUCCUUCCAUGCUGCGGGAGCCAUGCCUGAGGACCAACACUACUAUAGAUGUCCUGUACCUGGACAACACCAACUUUGACCCCGCUCGCACCUUGCCCUCUAGACAACGAGCCACUCAACAAAUCAAAGAGAUCAUCCGCAGCCACCCCAACUACAACAUUGUCAUCGGUCUGUAUUCACUGGGAAAGGAGUCGCUGCUGGUUGAACUGGCUAUGGAGUUUAAAACCUGGAUAGAGGUGAGCUUUGAGAGGAUGAAGACCCUCAGAGCUCUGGAACUACCGGAUGUCUUCACCACAGACUUGGGAGCAGGUCGCAUCAGGGCAGUGGAGCAGUCUGAGAUCAAAUCUGCUGCCAUGCAUGAGUGGAACAGAGAGCACCCUACCGUGGCCAUCCUGCCUACGAGCAGGCCCCUCGUCUCUUUCCACCCAGAUGUCCAUGUGGUGCCCUACUCAGACCACUCCUCCUACCAAGAGCUGGAGGAUUUUGUCUCUGUACUCAAACCUACCUCUCUGGUCCCUAUUGUGGGCAACUGUGUACCUGGAACCUUGUCUGCCUUGCUGCCCAACAGAAAACGGCAUGAAAUUCUGGUGCCUGAGUCUGUCCAAAACUACAUGAAGAGGCAGCCUGAGAUCCAGCCCACCCAACCAACGCGCACCAGCGUUACCCGUAGGCCCAUCCGACCUCCUGCUCCCAGAGGGGUUGUAUUUGAAUCCCCGCUAAGGGGCUCCAUGGCCUCAUCACAAGAUACUCAGGAGCUUGAGUCAUGGAGGCAGGAAAUGGAAACUGAGCUUAAUGAACAGGACUCUGACUGUAUCGUUGUGGACCUGAGUAAGAAUAUCACCCCUGCUGAAGAUGGAAGAGAAGUUGUAAGCUCGCAGAGCUGGAAUAUAGGUGAGAAAAUCUCAGAAGAAAUGGUUACGGAAGAAUCAGUACCACUCAGUCAACUCACCCAAAUUAAUUUUGCCCCGGUGGAACUCUUGUCAAACAAUGUUGCCUUGUUGAAGCCUGUUGAAAGAGUAGCUCGUGAAAUUAAUGCCAAAGUAAAUGGUGACAUGGUGUCAAAUGACAGCAUGAGUCGGCCUACUAGCAACGGAGCUGAAGAGAACAACGACGACACACUGUUUCAAAUUGGGUCCAAAAGGGACUCAGGUGUUUCGUCAGUCUUUUUGAGUGAUAAACAAUAUGAGUAUCUGGAGGAGGUUGAAAGGGGCCUCCUAUUGCUGCUACCCUUUACAGAGGAGGACUUUGAGUGGUGUGGUCUCCUGGAACAGAGCAUUGUGAAGCAGUUCCGCCUCUGUCCUUUAUCAGAUGAUGAGGAGAACAACAUCCUCCGCAUUUAAGGAGUUAAGCUUAACUAAUUUUAUAUAAUGUGGCUCAAUGCUUAAGUUGUUGCCAUCCAUGUCGUGGCCUUUGUACUUUCUUUUUUUUUUUAACAUGCCUACAUGACAGCACACUGCUUUUCUAGGUGUCUUCCUUACCUGUUUCCUUUUUCUUAUCUGUCCCUGGUGAGCUUUCAUCGUGUCAUU